AAUGCUCGGUGCAUUCCUGUGUGGAGGGCGAAGCGAGCAGACACCAUCCUCGGGGCAGCGGAAUUGCUCGAAAUAUCAACUUAGAAUUAGAGAUCUGACACGUUCUUGUCUACAAGUAGGAAGUCCGCAGCGAUUUAUCCCAACUGCAUUUCUGCUGGAAGUUGUGCCGCGCGGAGCCACCGGAGGAGUCCAGUCCAGUCUUGGACCGUCGCAGCCCCCCGUGAGGGUUUGACUCGUCCCCGGAGGAUCCUCAGCGCAGGAGUUUGCAUUUGGAGAAAAAGACUGACACAAUGAUCCUGAGGUGAGCGGACGGCCUGUUGUGUUUGUCUGUGAAGAGCUCGUUGUUCAGAGGAAACUAUUGACUGAGAAACAAAAUGUCUGCUGCUAACAUCAUCCUCACACUCCUCCUCCUCUCAAACUCGGUUUCGAGCCAACAGGUCCCCUCUAACUGUGUGAUCAAGAGGGAGCAGGAGAAAUGCAUGGAAAUGAUGGCUUCAGAUGAUCCUGGGAAUGAUCCAGAGUUUGGUUGUCCGUGGUUUUGGGACAACCUGACGUGUUGGCAGCCGGCCAGGAUGGGCGAGGUUGUCGAGGUCAACUGUCCCGAGCUCUUCUCCCAGUUCAUGAGUGAAGAAGACUUCGAGCUGGGGAAGGUGAGUCGUAACUGCACCGAGUUCGGCUGGUCGGAGGCCUUCCCUCACUACAUCGACGCCUGCCUGUACGAGGAGGGAAACAGCAGCCACCCGGAUAUGUAUUAUGUGUCGGUGAAGGCUCUGUACACUGUGGGCUACAGCACCUCUCUGGUCUCUCUCACCACAGCCAUGGUCAUCCUGUGCAGGUUCAGGAAGCUGCACUGCACCAGGAACUUCAUCCACAUGAACCUAUUUGUGUCGUUCAUCCUGAGAGCUAUUUCUGUCUUCAUCAAAGACGGCGUGUUGUACGCCACAGAGGACAGCGAGCACUGCUUCAUUCACACUCUGGAGUGUCGAGCGGUGAUGAUAUUCUUCCACUACUGCGUCCUCUCCAACUACUUCUGGCUCUUCAUCGAGGGCCUGUACCUCUUCACUUUACUGGUGGAGACCUUCUUCCCUGAGAAGAGAUACUUCUACUGGUACAUCAUCAUUGGCUGGGGGACCCCCACCGUGUGCGUGACCAUCUGGGCGGUGCUGAGGCUGCACUUUGAUGAUAUCGGCUGUUGGGACAUGAAUGACAACGCUGCCAUCUGGUGGGUGAUAAAAGGACCUGUGCUGGCUUCCAUCAUGAUCAACUUUGUUCUCUUCAUCGGCAUCAUCGUCAUCCUCGUCCAGAAGUUACAGUCCCCAGAUAUUGGAGGAAAUGAAUCCAGUAUUUACCUGAGGUUGGCCCGCUCUACUCUGCUGCUGAUUCCUCUGUUCGGGAUUCACUACACUGUGUUCGCCUUCUCCCCUGAGAACUUCAGCAAGAGGGAGCGUCUGGUGUUUGAGCUCGGACUCGGAUCUUUCCAGGGCUUUGUGGUUGCCGUCCUCUACUGCUUCCUGAACGGAGAGUAUAUCCCUCAAGGUGCAAUCGGAGAUCAAGAGGAAAUGGCGCAGCUGGACGGUGAACAGGUACUUUGCUGUGGACCUGAAGCACCGGCAUCCUUCGCUGGCGAGCAGUGGGGUGAACGGGGGAACGCAGCUGUCCAUCCUAAGCAAGAGCAGCUCGCAGAUCCGCAUGUCCAGCCUUCAGGCCGAGACCCCGGCCACCUGAGCGGCACCGCCGUAGACGCCGCGUCCGCUACGGGACCCGACGCCGCCGCCAAAACCACCGCCACCGCCGCCACCACCAACAACACGCCCACCCUCGUCCCGAUGACCAGCCUCAACAACCCGUUCCUCAACCCGUACCCCAACCCGUACCCGGACGAAACCAUGAUGGAAACCCAGCUCAACUCCACCGAUCCAGAGCAGCCUCUCGUCUGACCUGCUUCCCCUUUGAAAACACGACCAAACCUGAAUGUCGCCAAUUAUUCUCUUAAAUCUCUACAUGUCCUGACCUUUGACCUGGUUCAGGCGCAGCUGGAGUGAAAACAAACUAAGCCUAACAUUUUUCUAAAGGCAUGAAUAAGGAGUGUAGUGUGUAUCUCGUGCAUCAUUGGGCUGAAACAUGCAGAAGAAGCAUGGUUAUCUAUGUAUAUAUUGAGUCAGUGUUACAGUCGUCUGGUGCUACAGUAUCUGCUGCUGUCCAGCACAGGGGGGCCAGUGUGUUACCCUGCAGUGUGUGUCCUCUCACAGCGAUCAUUCCAGUCUGUCUGAGGAAGGUUUCACGCUCUGUCCUCAAAACGUGUUUUAAACCACAACCACACACUAUAUUCCUCCGUUACAUACAUGUGUCGCAGCUGCUGUGCCGUGAAAUGGCUUCAUUUAAAACACACACCAGUGGCUCUCAUGUAAAUAACUUAAAGGGGCACUCCACUGUUUUUACAUGUAAAGAUCUGCUGCUGCUCAGCCUUUGUGAACAGCUGUAUAAUGUUUUUUCUGUGGCUUUGGCGGAGGUGGAAAUAACCCGUGUUACAAACUGAGGGCGUGUGGGGUUUUAAAGAUGUUUACCAGGCGACGAGCACUAUGGGAAAUGUAGUAUUACGUGUUUUUUGAAGCUUCUAGGAACUAAAAUUCAGGAUUAUCUUGACCGCUGCUGCUUGAACUUUGACCAGUCUGCUUUUUAAUCCGACUCCGUUGGGUCCACUUGAUUUUAUAAAGGUUGCAGGACUAAAACACUGGAGUGACCCUUUAAGCGAGGUGAGAAACUGGGGCACCCUGAUGUACAGUAGUACCUUAAAUGAGUGUUUCUGACUGAGGUAAACACAUCACACCCAGACCUGCCAACUACAUCAUGUCUAAAUUACUGCAGUGCUCUUCAUGUACAAACAGUGACUGUGUAUGAAAGCUCAGUGUUACUGGCACAAGCCUUCAUUUCCUGUGUAAACUGUGACUGAUGUAAAACAAUAUAAUGUGCGUGGAAGAGGACCAGAUUGAGGAGAAACUUCAGCUGGAUCCAGCAGGUGAUAAACUUGGGGUAACAGUAUUUAUCGGAAGGACAUAUUUUCUACAGUUAUGUGAAAUGCCAAAAAAAAAAAAGAGUAGAAAAAAAAAAAAGGGUUAGAUGCUCGACUCAAAAGUGUCUUCUUCGGAUGUACGUGCAGCUCUGAGGUUUGCAGACGACGACCACAAUCACAAACCUCUUUUUUUUUUUUUUUUUUUUUUUCUUUUUAAAUCUCAGCACUGACACGAGAUGUCAGAGAAGAAGAACACGCCUCGGAGGUCUGUGCGUCUGUAGUUUUAAACAGCCGUUAGUACAGAAAAUGUCAAAUGAAAAACGAAUUCAUGACUGAAGCACCAUGAGUUCAACUGCUUGCAUGAAAUUUCAUUUAUUGUACAUGUGGUAUUGUUUACGUUUCCUUUUCUUUCUUUUUUCGUGGGAAUUCAGUGUUUUUAAUUGGAUGUUACAUUUUUUAACAAUUUUUUUUUUUUUUCAUAAACUUUUUAACUGUUUAACUAAAAGGCUGUUGCAAAGGCGACGCGCUGUAAUACUGAUUUUAUUGCCUCUUCAACAGCCUCCUGCAGGAAGUUUCAACAUUGUACUGGUCUAAGUGAAGGUCUAGACCAUCUGAAACAUCACAGCACUUCACUUAUUUUAGGGAUGAUCACUUUUUUUCCCGACCAUUUGAAAAAUCUGUUUUAAUUUUUUAUUAAUGAGGGUUUUCCUUUUUCAACAAACUCCUCAUGCCACCAUGCAGCAUCUCUGUAUUUCAGCUGGUGGUGUUCACUCUCCUUAAGCUUGAAAACAAGCACACUGAGAUGGAUGCGACUUCUGGAGAGUGACUUUUAACUUAACUCGGGGGGUAAUUCUCUCACUCCAAAGACGAAUUAAUCGACUCCUCACUGAGUUUGUAUUUUAUUUGCACGUAUCUGUUUGCAAAGGCUGAGUUAGCUUUGCAGCUGAUGUCACUGCAGAUUUUUCCUUUGGUCUGACUCAACUCUCCUCUGAAUCCCUGACAACUUUGUGUCUCCAAAAGUGCCUUUAAGCACAAAACAAGUAUUUUGACUUCUGUUGAUGAUUUAAAAGAAAAGAAAAUUUGUCUUUUCAGUUAUAAAAAAACGAAACUGCAAAGUGAAGAAAAGGGUUUAACAAAGUGCUUUUAUGAUGCUUAAGACUAAAUCAGUAUUUCAAACCUGGAUGGCCUUCAAAGUACUUUAACUCGUCUUUGUGAAAGAUGAGCACAGCAUACGAUCGAUUAGUGUUUUUAAUAAAGCAGUGCUACAGUAUAUUAACUCAGUAUGUACAGUACACUAUCACAUGCACACAGUGAUAAAUAUGUUUUCAUUUCCUUGUUUUACAGACAACAACCUUUAUCUUCUCUACAGCAGGAAAAUGGGGAAUUACCAAACUGUAAAAAGUCUUAUUAACCUGAACCACAGGAGCAUUUUCUUUAUGAUAUUCUUCAAAAUAUGAAACAGUUUUCUACUUCAAAGGGGCUUUAUUCUAAAUGUCCAAAAGAUUUGACGAUUUCUGCAAGGACAGAAAUAAUUUGGUCAAACAGCAGAUGUCUGAAUUUAACCGUCUGAAACUGGAACUGCAAAACUCCAAAACAAGAAAUAAGUGAAUUCUUUGACCAAUAGAUAUUUGCCAUUUCUUUUAUGAGUGCACAUUAUUUAUGAUAAUAAUAAUAAUAAUAAUAAUAAUAAUAAUAAUAGAAAAGCACAUCUCCUCAGUUCAGUAUUAUAAUGUAGUUAAACGUUGAGUUUUCUCCUCAUUAGCUGUUUGAACACAGUCACACAAUAAAUAUAUUUUUGUUAAUUUGCAGGCAAAAGAAGUAUGGAGUCCUGAAACUGACAAAAAGUCUUUAAACAACAAUAGUUAUAAUUUAUUUCUUCAAAAUAAAUAAAACAAUUAAAUUGAUUGUUUAAAUUCUUUUAUUAAGUGAUUGGAUUUUACACUCCAUUAUAAUUAAACAAUAUUCCUUAUCCAUAUUUAGAAAUACUAGGAAAAGGAGACCCCAGGAAAACCCACUUAAUGUUGGCAACAACAAAAAAAAAUCAAAAUCAUUUUCAGAUUAUUUAUUUAUUUUUUACAUUUGCAUUCUUACGUUCUUCUUUUAACUGUCCUGUUACAGUUCCCGUAGAUUCUAUCGCCCUCAUUUAUCUUCUCGACACUGCCAGGAAUUUCAUGUUGAUGGAAAAUGACUAAAUCCUUUUCAUUCAUUGAACUUUAAUUUCACCUUCAUUUUUUUCUUGUUUUACAGAAACAGCCUAAUUUUAAAUAUCAAACUGCCAAAUUCAAACGAUACCUGAUAUCCUCAACAACAGCCCUGCAUCAAGAUUAAAACUGAACGAAAUUUGGUUGGAAAAUGAAUGUUUUACACGCAAUGAGACAGAAAGCAUCAUUCUUGACCUUUGUCGAGAAUUAUGCGUUCUGUCUAUUUAUUAGCUUUUAUGGAGUUUUUAAACAUAUCACAUCUGUAUCAGCAGAUGGAUUUUGCCAAAUUGUCAUAGGACUUCCAUGUCGUCCUAUAAUAAUCCUGUUUUCACUCUCAACCUUUAAGCCAACGGACGAAAAGUCUGCAAAAUGCUCAGAAAAAUUGACUUCAAUUGAUUUCAAAAAUUCUGCAGCAUCCGCAUCAACAGCAAAACACUGUGUAUUAUCAUCCAGAGCUACAACGAUUUGGCAAUUAAUCGAUUAAUUGAAUUAAUUGGUUUGGUCUUUUCUUUUCUCGAAGAUAAAAGGUCAUCCAUUUGAUAGUUCCAGCUCCUGCUGCUUGUGAUGAACUGAAUAUCUUUGGAUUUUGGGCUUAUAGACCAAACAAUUAAUUGAUUAACAACUACUAAUGGACCUUGUGGUUGUUUUUUGUCUACAUAGCAUUUUACUGAAUUUAUUUUAAGCUGGUAAAAUUGAAAUAUUGUCACUGAAAUUACAUGGAAGAAAUGUUUAUAUAGAUCUUCAAAAACAACAACUUUUCAACCAGAUUCUGUCCAUUUUUAACCUCAGCGUACAGACGUCUUUUGACCUGCAGAUAGAUCCAGAUCCAUGUUUUCUGUGAGUUCAGACCACGCAAAGGCAAAGAGAGAAAAAGAAGGGCUGACCGCAAACUGUUUUCAGUCUGACCUGCAAUAAUACCAGUGCAGUUCCAACAGCAGCCAUAGGGGGGCCCUGUCUUAUCUGCUGAUGUUCAGAGGGGGUGGGGGUGGGGGGUGGGGGUAAAGGGCUGGACAAUCAGCGCCUCUGCUCUGGUUGAGUUGAAUGUUCAGUCAACGUUCAUCACAGACAUUAAGACAAUCUCACCACGUCAUGAGCCUGAUUCUGUUGAUGUGUUCAUAGAUUUAUUUCCUUUAGUGUUAAUACGGGAGUUGGAGCCUUAUAUUGCCAGUACUCUGUUGAUGUCAGACAAAGAUGUUGCUAUUAUUAUAAGAAUAAAUAUUCAUUUGAACCUGUUGUUUUGAACUAUGAAGUAGUUAGUUGAAGUGUUUGAAAGGUCUGUAGCCAACCUUUGUGACUAAAUAAACCGCAGUUUAAAUGUGCGAGACAGAAACAAGCUGCCAAUGUCGUACCUUGUAAAUGGAGUUUUCUGUGGUUCAAAGUGAAUAGCUGUCAUUUAAAAAAAAAACUUUGCGCUGUGAUUGUUCUCAUAUUUUUAUUAUUAUUAGAUUUUUUUCUUAAAUGGUGAUUGUGCUAAAAGUAUAAAGCCUCCUGUAAUGCCUCUGUACUCUGUAAUAGGCUGAUGCAUGCGUGUUAAAUCGUUUUGAUCUCAUUUGAACCGGCAGACGUAAUCACAAGGGAGGGUCGAGCUUUCUGGCCAUUAGGAGAAUCUCAGCUGUGUCCCUGUUUUUUCGAAUCCACUGUAACGAGUGGGUGAGGCAAUUAAUAAAGCUAGAACACAGAUAUUGGGUUUCAACUGUGAACGAUUUAUCUAAUUGUAGCUCGAGUCCCAUCAGGACCCAUCCAAUACUUUUCCUUUGAAUGUUAAUUUUCCCAAACAGGAGGAAAAGAAAAGUGCCAUAAAAGAACUGCUUUUCUGUUUUUUUACUGUGCAGCAUGACAUGAGAAUUGGUUUAAAAUGUUUUUCUUUUUAGCUUUUUGAUGGUGGUUAUCUUUGUUGAAUUGCUUCAUUAUACCAAUUGCCUGUUUAGAUCAUUUACAGGUUAAGAAAAAAAAAAUGGGGUGGGGGUGUGGGUAUUCGGCAGUUUGUGUACUGAUGGCUGAAUGUAAAAGUACCUUAAAGCUCUCUGCUGUGAGCCUGCUUCUGUCUGCUCAUGAGCCCUUCUUUGAUCUAUUUCACUGCACAGUGCACCAUUUUAUUUAGUUUGGUGUGUGUGAAGGGUUUUUUGUACAUUAUCGACAAUAAAUGUUUCUAACUUGUUGGCUCACUGA